CACUUCAUUCUAUGUUCAGAUAUUGAAGAGUUUGCCGCCAAAGUUGCGAUAUUAGACAAAUACCUACAUUUUAUAAAAGCGUAUAAAAGUAAUAAAACUUUAAUUUGAAACAAUGGAAGGAUUUGAUGAUCCAGGAAUAUUUUUCUCUGAUAAUUUUUCUGUAGGUGAAUCGAAUGAAAGCCAAGUUAAUCUUCAAUUUUCAAAAAAGAAAUUUAUGGAAUUUAUUAGACAAUUUCAUGAAGGCAAUUUUAAUUAUAAAUAUAGAGAUACCUUAAAACGCAAUUAUAAUCUUGGCCAAUAUUGGGUAGAGAUAAGUUUAGAAGAUUUAGCAGCAUUCGAUGAAUCACUUGCAGAAAAAGUUUAUAAACAUCCAACAGACUAUUUACCAAUUUUAGAGGAAGCUGCAAAAGAUUUAGCGGAUGAGCUCACAGCUCCCAGACCUGAAGGCGAAGAAAAAAUUCAAGAUAUACAAGUAUUGUUAUCUUCAGAUGCACAUGCAAGUUCCUUAAGAGGAAUGAAACCUGAUGCAGUUUCAAAACUUAUAAAGAUACCUGGUAUUGUCAUAUCAGCGUCUGGAAUCAGAGCAAAGGCAACAAAAAUUGCAAUACAAUGUCGUUCUUGUAGAAACAUACAAACUAACAUUUCUAUUAAACCUGGCUUAGAGGGCUAUGUUUUACCCAGGAGAUGUACAACUGAACAAGCUGGUCGACCAAAAUGUCCAUUGGAUCCAUUUUUCAUAAUGCCAGAUAAAUGUCAUUGUGUUGAUUUCCAAGUUCUUAAGCUACAAGAGUUACCAGAUCAGAUUCCACAGGGAGAAAUGCCAAGACAUUUACAAUUAUAUUGUGAUCGUUAUUUAUGUGAUAAAGUUGUACCAGGAAAUAGAGUUCUUAUAUUGGGAAUAUAUUCUAUCAAAAAAGUUUCUAGAACUGGUGGUAGAAGUGCAAGGAAAGAAAAAACAUUAGUCGGUGUACGAGCACCCUACAUAAGAGUUGUCGGAAUUUCUGUAGAUGGAGAAAAUACAGGCAGUGGCACUCAUCCAAGUGUUACAAAUGAAGAAGAAGAUUUAUUUAGACGUUUAGCAGCAGAUCCUAACUUAUAUGAAAGAAUUGCUAAAAGUAUAGCUCCCAGUAUUUUUGGUGCAUUAGAUAUUAAAAAAGCUAUAGCAUGUUUAUUGUUCAGUGGAUCCAGGAAAAGAAUGCCAGAUGGUCUUUGCAGAAGAGGAGACAUUAAUAUUUUGAUGUUAGGUGAUCCAGGUACAGCUAAAUCACAGUUAUUAAAGUUUGUAGAAAGAGUUGCACCUAUCGCAGUUUAUACAUCUGGAAAAGGAAGUUCAGCUGCUGGCUUAACAGCAUCGGUCUUAAGAGAUCCAGUGACAAGAAAUUUUGUCAUGGAAGGAGGAGCCAUGGUUCUCGCAGAUGAUGGCGUCGUUUGCAUAGAUGAAUUUGAUAAAAUGAAAGAAGACGACAGAGUUGCAAUACAUGAAGCUAUGGAACAACAAACAAUAUCCAUUGCGAAAGCGGGAAUAACUACAACACUGAAUACUCGUUGUUCCGUUUUAGCUGCAGCAAACUCAAUAUUUGGUCGUUGGGAUGAUAUAAAAGGAGAAGAAAAUAUCGACUUUAUGCCAACAAUUUUAUCGCGUUUCGAUAUGAUAUUUAUUGUUAAAGAUGAACACGAGCACACUAAAGACAUAAUGUUAGCCAAACACGUGAUGAAUAUUCACACCAAUGCUACUCAAGUUACGGAUCAAUCUGCUGAAGGAGAGUUACCAUUGCAUGUUUUGAAGAAAUAUAUUCACUACUGUAGAACGCGGUGUGGUCCACGACUUAGUAAAGAGGCGGGAGAAAAAUUAAAAAAUCGUUACGUCGUAAUGCGAGCUAGUACAAGGGAACACGAGAAAGAUACCGAGAAAAGAUUGUCUAUCCCUAUAACAGUUCGUCAAUUGGAAGCUGUUAUAAGAAUUUCAGAAGCUUUAGCUAAAAUGAAAUUACAGUCUUUUGCCACAGAAGUUCACGUAAAUGAAGCACUUCGACUCUUCCAAGUUUCCACUUUAGAUGCUGCAAUGUCUGGGUCAUUAGCUGGUGCAGAAGGAUUUACCUCGGAUGAAGAUCAUGAAAUGUUAUCUCGUAUUGAGAAACAAUUAAAACGAAGAUUUCCUAUUGGAAAUCAAGUAUCAGAACAAAAUAUUGUUAAAGAUUUUAUAAAGCAAGGCUAUCCGGAACGUGCCAUUUACAAAGUUAUAUACACAAUGAUACGCCGUGGAGAACUCCAACAUCGUAUGCAACGUAAAAUGUUAUACCGAUUACUAUAGAUUAUUAUAGAUUGGAACGUAACAUAUUUCUUUCCAUUUUAUGUUGUGCAUUUAUUCAUGUAUUUUUCAUUUUGUACUUCAUUUCUUAAUUCGCAAUAUAUAAAUAUACGCUUACUCAAACUACAUAUUAAUAACGUUCUAAUUAGGAUUGUAAUUCGUCUUUGAAUGGAUAAUGCGGAUGCUUUUCAACGCUAAAAGAAAAUAGUUUUGUACAAUUAUGAAAUACAGACUUUUUUUUUAAUAUA